UGCCCUCGCUGGCGGGGACAGUUCGUCUGAAGAUGAAGGAGUUAAGAUCACUGGUAGAAGCGUCAAGUCCUCAUCGCCCGCUUCUCCGCGCAGUCCGGCUGGUCCGAGCAAGCAAGAUUCCUCGAGUAGAGCGGGUGUAGGACGAAGAAAGUCCGCAAACGCUGGCAAAAGGGGGGGCCGGAAAAGCAAGCGAGAGGAUUCCGAUGAGGAGGAAGAGGGCGAAGCGUCACUCGUCGCGCGCGUCCUCGCCUGACUCCCUUCAAUCUGCUUCCAUGUCCGAAUCCGAAUCCGAGUCUGAAGCAUACCCUGACCAAGACGACAUCAUCUUCCCUCUUGAGCAAAAGUACUACUCCGAGGCAGAUAAAGCAGAAAUCAUGAACCUGCCAGAGAUUGAGCGCGAGCAGAUCCUCGCCGAGCGAGCUCAGGUCCUUGAGCGCAAGCUGCAAGAUCAGCACCUUAGGCGCCUUUUACAAGCCAGAGAAAAGACUGAGGCCAAAGCCGCUGAUAAAAAGAAACGCAAGGCGGCGAGAGCCGAUUUGGACGAGAGCCAGAGAAAGAGUACUCGACAGAAGACCACUAUCGGCGGCCGUAAAGUCGGAGAGAGUUCAGGAGCCCUGGAAGAGUAUAAGCGUCAGCGUGAGCAGAGGGGUAUCCACAAUGAACAGAGGCGACGUGACGAUGAUGGGGCUGCUGGCGCUCGCAAGAGACGUGGUUCUUCCGCUCGUAGCUCAGAUAAAGACGCUGAUGGCGAGAGUGUCGAGUGGGAUGACGAGAGAUCCAGCGCUGGUGGCCGUCGCCGAUCCUUGUCUGCUAUUAAAGACGAGGGGCCAGCGGAGCUUCGAGACUUUGAGCGUGUUCGUGUGGGAAGAACCAACUUCGGCAAAGUCUGCUUGACCCCUGGUUUUGAAGCUGCCAUCACUGGUUGUUUUGUCAGAACCAACGUCGGUCCAGAUAAGUCGACCGGAGAAAACGUCUACAGGAUGGCGCAAGUCAAAGGCUUUACCACAGGCAAACCUUAUGCUUUGGAAGGCGGAAAUGGAAAGUCCUUUGUUACUGAGCAGUACGCCAUCCUCACUAUUGGCAAGUCACAGAGAGAUUGGCCCUUCCUCGCUUGCUCUGAUGCGCAGUUUUCUGAGGCCGAGCUUGAACGAUACAAGAAAACUCUGCUUGCUGAAUCCUUCACAAUUCCCACCAAGUCCUUUCUCAACAAAAAAAUUGAUGACAUCAAUUCUUUACUCAACCAUCGCUGGACUGAUGAGGAGAUUUCUGAGAAGCUUCGUCGCUCCGGUGCUACAAAGAGUCGAUUCGCCGUACUGGAGCGCAACGCCAUCAUCAAUAGGAGGAGAGAGGCUGUAGCGCGUGAAGAUGAAGCUGCGAUUGCGCAGUGUGACGCUGAACUCCAGGCACUUGAGGGUCCCAAGCUUGCCUUUGGCACCAGCCUCAUCAAACCUACCCCCAAACCAACUGGCCCCAGUCAGCAAGAACGGCUUGCGGCACUCAAUCGUGCUAAUCGCAAAGCUAAUACAGAGGACAUUCGCCGUGCCCAGCUUGCCGAGCGCCGCGCAGAAGCCCGCCAGAGAGCUGCUGUCGCUCGUGGAGAGGCGCUGGCAAAUCCAUUCGCACGUGUCAAGACCAGGGCUAAGAUUAUGUAUGAUGUUAAUGAAGCGGCGACUCCUCCAGAUCGGAGCAAAACCAAUACCCCGCUUAAUGCUAACGGAGGCAAUAUUCCGAAGCCAGCAAACAAUAUUCCGAAGAAUGGUCAUUACGAAACCGUCAACGGGAAGAAAGUUUGGAGACCACUUACAGAUGAUGAAGUCAUUGCUUCGUUUGAUCUCGGUAUUGACAUUGACAUCUGAUUUGCUCACGUCGAACUGAGAUUCUGUUUGCAAGUCUCAUAUCGGAUUCGAUUCUCUGGUCCCGAAGUCAAAGACCAAGAGUGCUUUUCAAGGACACGCACUUCCGUUACAUGCCUGAAUACUUUUGUGCAUUCUUACGCUUUUA